AUGGCCUCUGACAUAACUCGUACUCUUCUACUAACCAACUUUAGCAAAUCUAAGUCCCAUCAAGAUCUUUUGUCUAUCUGUCAAAAGGCCGGCGAAGUUAAAGAACAUUUCACUAUGCAUAAUAAGUAUUCGGUUCUUUUUGUGGUCUUCUAUGACUUACAAGCAGCUGUUCGGGCUAAAGAGGAGUUAAGUAGCUUAGAUAGUUCGAUCGUGAUUAAGUUUUCGAUUGCCAGAUGUGAAAUUCCCAAAGGUAGUGAUGCCUGUACUGAAGAGAAGAACCAAGGUUCAGUCUCUUAUCUAGGUACAACUGAAUAUAUGCCAGAUAAUCCCCAAGAGAUUAGUAAACAGACUAAAAAGGGUAAUGAAACCGUUCUUUUAUUUCAUGAUUCUCGCUGUGCCCUAAAGUUCCUUCAGUAUCUCAAAACCAGCCAUCCUCGAGCGGGUGCUAAACUCUGCUGGGAUAACGAUCUCCGAAAGAGAAGGAAUCUUCUUCUUGAAGCUGAAGAGGUAGUUAAAAAUGCCCCUCCCGGCUUUACUAAGCCCUCCCCAGAAGAGCCCAGUAAAAGAUCCUUCCCCGGUCAUGAUCGCGAGCCCGAAACCCGAAAGCGAGCCAAAUCAACCUCUAAUUGGAUGCUGGCCCUCUUCGACAAAUACAUAAUAGACAAUGCCGCCAAAGUUGCCGAAAACAUCCAAUGGUAA